UAUACGAAGAAUGCGUAAAGUAACGGUGGACGUGAUUACAGAACUGUCAAAACGCCGAUGAAGACAAAAUCCAGCAAAUGCUAUAAACUACUUACCUAGCUAUCAGAAUGGAUUGAAAAGCUAAAUUGUACAAGGGAACAUUAAAAACUAUAGUUAAGCCGAAAAGAUGUUGGGGAGCUAACGACAUGAUGCGAGUAUAGAAUCAGCUAAUGAAGCGACAACUGUCAGCCUGAGCAAGGUCGUAUAAUCUGGAUCAAAAUAAUAUAACAUCUGACGUUUUUUGAAAUGCAUAGAGACCCGACAUUUCUGACGCUGGGUUCGAUCAACCCGGGACCACUGUAGCUACUGUACUGUUAAAGUAACCUUGCUCUACUCUUCAGUCUGUUACAGCCAGCUGUCUUGUUCUUUGCUAGCUAACCUAGCUAAUCCCUCUCAAAAUUGCUGUUAAAUGUACAUUUUGCUGCAUCGUACCUAGUGGCCAGGUAACUGGGUUAUUCUAGCUACCAAAAACAUCAUACAUUCUCCUUAAAUUUGCUUGGUGUGAAACAUGAAACAGUAGCUGAAUUGGUGCGAAGAGAUUCCAGCUCAUGGAGAUUCCAGGUUAUGGUCACCAGCAGCAGCCGUGGGGGGUCUAUAGUACCUGGGCUAACGUCCCGUCUCCGGUUGGCUGUACCAUCGGCUCCCCCACCGGCGCUCCUCCGUCCUACCCGCCACUACACCCGAACACUGCUACUCACAGCAAGCAGGCUGCUGUGGGUCCUUCGGAAAUGCCUGCCACUACGGCUAACUUGGGCCAAGUCCAACAGAAAGCGUCCUGGGACCCCUCUCAGCCCCAAUGCAAUGGUGUAUUUAAACCUGCAACUGACGUCAGAGGUUCAACAGAGAUGCCACAGCAGCCAAUAAGCCCACUGCUGGCCAGUCCUGUUUCCUGUCCUAAGUCGGAAUCUCGCUAUGGCCUGGACCCUCAGCUAUUACCAAGUGUCGUGCAGGUGAUGAAUGAGGACUGGACUCAGUGGGAGGGGAAAGUGUUCACAUCAGGUCCCCAGUCGUCUGUUCCUCCUCUCUCUACCACUCCCUGCAGUCUGAAGGAUAGAGGUAAUGCCACAGCAAGGUUUGUCCGCUGCACAUCGUACAGUUUCCCCGCUGAAGCCCAAUCUGCUCAACAGAGCCAUGUGCCGCUGGCGGCCAUCUUUUGCCCUCUAGCCAGACUGGAGGAUGGAGAGUGCGCAGUGCCGCUGUGUGACGCGGCCGAGUGCGUUAAAGGCUGUGGGAGCUGCGGUGCCUUCAUGAGUCCUGCUAUGAGCUGGCAGGACUGUGGCCAGCGGUUCUACUGCCCCUUCUGUGGCAAGCUUACGGAGGUACCAUGGCAGUCAUAUCAGCCUACUAACAAAGGCCAGAGAGUGGACCAAGAGAAGCGGUCAGAGCUCAGUCUGGGCUCGUAUGAGAUCCUGGAAACACAGCAGGGAGAAACAGCUGUGUUACUCCUGGCAAUUGAUGUUACUGCCAGUGCAGUAAGAUCAGGGCAGUUGGACUUCAUCUGUCAGCAACUGUGUUCCCUACUGCUGUCUCUAGAUGGUGCUGACCAGUCAGAUCUCCGAGUUGCUUUGAUGACCUAUGACAGUAGGAUCCACCUCUACAAUCUCAGCCCAAGUUUGUCCCGCCCCCACAUGAUGAUCAUUACAGACACAGAUGACCUGGAACUUCCUGUGAGGGAAGGGCUUCUGGUGCCACUCAAAGACUGCAGACAGACUGUAGAGAAUAUUCUACAGCAAAUCCCCUUGUUUGAGGCAGAAAGCCAGGGAGGUCUAGGCUCACAAAAUCUUCCAGUGUCAGCUGGGCUCAAGAUUUUACAGACUGCAGUUAGUCCUGGGAAGCUGUUGGUCUUCCAUUCUUCCCCUCUUGCUGAGACCACAAACAAGCAAAGCUCCAUGGGCUUCUUCACCUCCACCAAACCAAAGUCAAUCUUUCAGGCUCCUGACGCUUCCACCUCAUUGGCCAAGGCAUGUGUCAAUCAAGGCUGCAGCGUGCAGCUCUUUGUAUUUUCACAGCAGGAUGUAGGCGGGGCUUGGCCUGGACACAUCCCAUUUCUGACAGGGGGCAAACUUAUCUGCUACAACAGUCUACAGUCAGAGGUGGAGAGAGAACGGUUCAGUGGAGACCUCAGGAACAGUAUGGACACUGAGGUGGCAUACAAAGCUCAGCUAAGGGUGUUCGUUAGUAAAGAACUACGUGUGUCUGGUUGCUAUGGCUCCUUCCUUGCUGGCCCUGACUCCUGCUGUGUUGCUAUGGCAGCGCUUGAUUGGCACACAUCCCUGGCAUUUGAGUUCACUCACAACAAAUCCCUCGAUGAAUCUAGGGGCGUGGCCAUUCAGGCGGUCCUGUCAUACAGCACAUCUGCAGGACACAGGAAGACGCGGGUGCACACUGUUAGCCUGGGGUGCUCUCGGAACCUUCUGGAGACAUUCCGCACCAGCCAGGCAGAGACGCUCCUCUGCUUCUACUGCAAGAAGAUGUAUUGCAUGGCUCUGGAGACACCCCUGCAGUGUCUUCGUGAGGAGCUCCAGAUGGAGGUCACCGAGCUGCUGGCCUGCUACAGAAAACACUGCAGCACCACCUCUGUGUCCCCCGGGCAGUUGGUACUGCCACAGUUCCUGAAGGUUCUGCCCGUGUAUGUGAACAGCCUGAGGAAGAGCGAGGUUCUCCUGCCGGGCCUUCGCAGCUCCGUGCACCUGCGUCUGCAGCUGCGUGCCCUCUCCGUCUCCAUGGACACGCGCAGCAACGCCAUGCAGCUCUACCCGCUCGUCCUACCGCUACUUGGGAGUGAUGUGGGUGGCAGUGUGCCCCCUAUGGCCCAGGCGGUGCGCUGCACCGCAUCCAGCCUGCGCUCGGAGGGUCUCUACCUGCUCUUCUCGCCCUUGGAGCUGCUGCUGUGGGUGGGCAGCCAGGCGCCCACCCAGGCUCUGACCCAGCUCUUCAACACCACCUCCUUCUCAUCGCUCACAUCUGGGGAGAUGAGUCCUCCCCAUCUGGACAACCCUCUUUCAGUCAGUCUUUGGAAUCUCAUCAGGUUCCUACAGUCCUGGGCAUCCAUUACUCUUAAGUUGAAAGUGGUGAAGGAAGGCGACAGUUGUGAGGAGUGCCUGCAGCGCCUCCUAGUGGAGGACAAGAGUCCUAACGGGGGAGCCUCCUACGCUGAUUUCCUGUUCCACCUCCAUGUCAAUUCACUGCGUCUUGUUGUGGGCUGAUGUGCGUAUUCUGCGCAGCCAUCAAUCAGGGACAAGUGGCCUACUCCAUUGGCCUCUUUAUUUAUCUUUUUCAUCUAUGUAACUUCCUCUUGGUAAGAGACGAGAGCAUUAAAGAUGACAUUAGUUGCAGCCAGCCUGUCAGGUGCAGUCUGUUAGGGGAAUAAGGAGUUGAGGGAAGUCUCCUCCUUGGGCGAUUGCCAUUGAGUUAAGGACUGUGUAAUGGAUGAGAGAUGAGUUCCCCAUUUUUUGCAAUCUGCCGGGGUUCUGGAGAUGGUUCAAUUUACCAUUUAUUUUAUUUUAAUUUUGCACACAGUGCAUUACUGACAACAAUGAAUUACAACUUGCAUGUUUGCAUUGUAAGCAAUAAGAUUUUUUCACUCAUUGAAUUGUUUCACAUCUUAAUAAGACUGUUGUUAUAUUUUACUGUUACUGGUGUAAGCAUCAAUGUAUAAAUAAUAUCUAUGUGUUUUAUUUAUUUCAUAUUUAUUUUUGUAUUUGAAUGCACGUCCCUGCAGUGUGUGAGUGUCCUAAUAAACAUAAGUGUGUGGCAAGUUGCUGUAAAAUCAACUAUCUGUGUUUCUCUGUAUGAGCAGUACCCUUCUCAUGUAAUGUAAAUGUAAACGCAUGGUAUUUCAGUCUGAAACAGAAUGUUUACUAAUGCUAAACUAAAUAUACUAAUGAUGAAAA